AAAAGGUGUCUCUGCUAUGUGGAACCACAGAAUCUCACAGGUACCUUGGAAUUCUUCCUUAUGGGGUUCUCAGCUCAUCCAGAACUUCAGCCUGUAACUUUCAGCCUCUUCCUGUCCAUGUACCUGGUGACCAUGCUGGGGAACCUGCUCAUCAUCCUGACCAUUGCCUCUGACUCUCACCUCCACACUCCCAUGUACUUCUUCCUCUCCAUCCUGUCCAUGGCUGACAUUGGCUUUACUUCUACCACCAUGCCAAAGGUGAUUUGGGACAUUCAUACUCACAGCAGAGUCAUUUCCUAUGCUGGCUGCCUGAUUCAAUUGUCUUCUUUUUAUUUUUUUGGGUGUUUGGACAGUGUACUCCUAUCUGUGAUGGCCUAUGAUCGGUUUGUAGCUAUUUGUUAUCCCCUGCACUACCCAGUCAUCAUGAACCCCCGCCUCUGCAGCCUGUUGGUUCUGGUGUCUUUUUUGAUCAGCCUUUUUGACUCCCAACUGCACUGCUUGAUGAUAUCACAGCUUUCCUUUUGCACAAAUACAGAAAUUCCUCAUUUUUUCUGUGACCCUCCACAACUCCUCAACCUUGCUUGUAAUGAUAACUCUACCAAUACAAUAUUAGUCUAUUUUAUUGGUGCAAUCUUUGGUGGUAUUCUAGUCUCAGGGAUCUUUUUCUCUUACUGUAAAAUUCUUUCCUCCAUUCUGAGAGUCCCAUCGUCAAUGGGGAAGUAUAAGGCCUUCUCCACCUGUGGCUCUCACUUGUCAGUUGUUUGUUUAUUUUAUGGAACAGGGCUUGGCAUGUACCUCAGUUCUGCUGUCUCACAUUCUUUCAGAAGGGGUGCAGAGGCCUCUGUGGUGUAUGCCGUGGUCACCCCCAUGCUGAAUCCUUUCAUAUACAGUCUGAGGAACAAGGAUAUCAAGAGGGCCAUGUGGAGGCUCCUCAGCAGAACAACCUAG